CAAGGCGCGCCGCCGUCUCGCUCCCCCUCCCCCUACACCCCCUCCUCACUCCAGAGGAGGUGAGUUUAAACCCCGCCCACGUGACCCCAACUGGGCCAAUGAGCGGCGGCGGGAGGUGAAAUCCGGUUCUAACCGGUCCGGGGCUCCCAGCGCUAUAAAAACUUUAUAAACCCCCCGGAGCCCGAGCAGUGUGAAGAAGCGGCGAGAACGACCCCCGGACGGACCAAACCCGCGCACCGCUGCAGCCCCGCGUUCAGCGCCGACGUCCCCCGCCGCCGCCAUGCCCAAAAGAAAGGCUGAAGGGGAUACUAAAGGAGAUAAAGCCAAGGUGAAGGACGAGCCACAGAGAAGAUCUGCAAGGUUGUCUGCUAAACCUGCUCCUCCAAAGCCAGAGCCCAAGCCUAAAAAGGCCCCUGCAAAGAAGGGAGAGAAGGUUCCCAAGGGGAAGAAGGGGAAGGCCGAUGCUGGGAAGGAUGCGAAUAAUCCUGCAGAAAACGGAGACGCCAAAACAGACCAGGCACAAAAAGCUGAAGGUGCUGGAGAUGCCAAGUGAAAUGUGUGCAUUUUUGAUAACUGUGUACUUCUGGUGACUGUACAGUUUGAAAUACUAUUUUUUAUCAAGUUUUAUAAAAAUGCAGAAUUUUGUUUUACUUUUUUUUUUUUUUUUUUUUUUAAGCUAUGUUGUUAGCACACAGAACACUUCAUUGUUUUGGGGGGGAAGGAACAUGUGUCACUAACAAAAUGUCUCCCAAGCUGGAUUGAUGAUGGUUGAUGAUGGAAAACAUCUUUCCCUGCUAAUUUUGAAAGACUCCUCUUGGCUCACAAGAGAAACGUCCUGGUGUUGACAUAUGUGGCCACCAUGGCACAAAAUGCCUUGUGUGGAAAACUCUAAAUUCAUUGUUGUGUCUUCCUCCCCUGUACCACCAACAUAGACUUAACUCCCUUCAAACCAGAGACCUGUUGGAACCUGACCCCCAAAAUUGGUUUUGCCGGUCUAUUAGGCAGUCUGGACUUUGCAGUGGUAUCAUUGUGUUCUCAAAAGAGCAGCGGUUCCUUUUAUAAAAGAUUGUGGAUCUUCAGAUUGAUAAUUCUGCCGUGGUCGUUUGGUUUCCUGAAAGUCAGGUCGGCUUGUGAAAAGUUGUUAAACAACAUCCUCAAUGUGAACGAUCAGCCCUCAACUCUAAGCUCUCCCCCUUUGCAAAGCAUCGAAUGAAGACUCAUCGGGUUUUAUAGUGGCUUUCUGAUUUUGGUAGUCUAUACAAGAAGGGAGUUUGGAAGUUCUUGUAUACUGUUAAUGACUGUCUGCCCAUGUCCUGCCUGAAAAACCAUGAUUGUUUAUGGAAAGUAUCUUUAAUAAAGCUGGAUACAGUUUGGCUUGGAA